GUCACCUGCUCUCAGACAACCGGGGCGAGCGGCACCGGGAGGAAAGGGCAGAGGGAAGGAAGGCAGCGGGACGGGGACCCCCAGGCUGGGCUGCCGGGUGGGCUUUGCCUCGCUCCCCCCUCCAUCCUCGGGGCUCGCAGGGAGGCAGAGGGAGCUCGGCUGCCGGAGAAUGGCAGCAGGAUUUCCCUAGGAGGGCACGGCUGACGGGGAGAGGACACUCGGGAGCCGAGGGGACUGCGGGAGAGACCAAAGCGGCUUCUGGGCACCGAACAAGCUCCUGGCACCCUGACUGUCCUGCUGCAUACCUGAACUUUGGCCAGGUCACACUCCUCUGAAGCACCAUGAGCCUCAAGGGAUCCCUCAGCACCAACCCUGCCUCAGCAAAUGGCAGCAUGGGCAGAGCAGAUGGAGCCUCCAAGCUGAGUGGCAAGGACCUGUAUGAACAAAGGAAAAAAUACUCCAACUCCAAUAUCAUCAUGCACGAGACCUCCCAGUACCACGUCCAGCACUUGGCCACCUUCAUCAUGGACAAGAGUGAGUCCAUCGUGACAGUGGAUGAUGCUAUCAGAAAACUCAUCUUGCUCAACUCCAAAGAGAAGAUCUGGACACAGGAGAUGCUGCUGCAAGUCAAUGACAAAUCCAUCCGGCUGCUGGACUGCGAGUCCCAGGAGGAGCUGGAGGAUUUCCCUCUCCCCACAGUCCAGCACUGCCAGACGGUGCUGAACCAGCUGCGUUAUUCCUCCAUCCUCCUCCUGGUGUGCCAGGACUCGGAGCAGCACAAACCCGACAUCCACUUCUUCAACUGCGACGAGGUGGAGGCGGAGAUGGUGCAUGAGGACAUAGAAAGUGCCCUGGCAGACCACAAGCACGGGAAGAAGAUCCGACCCCAGACACUCAAGGCAAACCAAGAGAAGAUCAAGCAGAGACAAUCCAUCCUGCCCCCUCCCCAGGGCCCAGCCCCCAUCCCCAUCCAGCACGACAGGAACAGCAGGAACAGGGUGGCACCCCCUUCCCACCACAACCCAGACUAUGACCGACGGAGCUCCCACGAGCACGAGGAGUCCAGAGCCAUCCUGGCCCAGAAGAUUGAAAAGGAAACGCAAAUCCUGAACUGCACCCUGGAUGACAUUGAAGUGUUUGUUGCCAGGCUUCAGAAGGCUGCAGAGGCAUUCAAACAGCUCAACCAGAGGAAGAAAGGGAAGAAGAACAAGAAGAAAGGGCCAGCAGAGGGCAUGCUGACCCUUCGAGCAAGACCCCCAAGUGAGGCUGAGUUCAUUGACUGCUUCCAGAAAACCAAACUGGCUUUUAACCUCCUGGCCAAGCUGAGGAAGCACAUCCAGAACCCCAGCGCGUCAGAGUUGGUCCAUUUCCUCUUUGGGCCACUGGAACUGAUCAUCAGCAGCUGUGGUGGCCCUGAGCUGGCCAGGUCUGUUGUCAGCCCACUUCUUUCUAAAGAUGCCACAGAUUUCCUCAGAGGACACCUGACACCCAAAGAAAUAAACCUCUGGGACUCCCUGGGAGAGACAUGGACCAGGUCCAGAGCUGAGUGGCCCCGAGAAGCAAACAUCCCCACCUACAUCCCCAAAUUCCGCAAUGGUUGGGAACCUCCCAUUGAAAUCUUCCGUGGAGCUCCCUGGGAAAUCGACAUUGGACACCUGCAGGAAGAGCUCUCCUCAGCCAAUGGAUAUCCCUACAGGAACUCCUCACUCAAGAGAGCUCAGCCCAGUGAGCAGCCCCAGCCUGGGGAUGCCUUCAAGCAGAACCUCACUCAGCAUGUAAAUAGGACCUUUGAGAGCCAGGGCCUGGCUGCCCCCAGGCGCUUCGCCAAAAUCCGCUACGACUUCACCGCCCGGAAUGCCAACGAACUCUCUGUGCUUAAGGAUGAAAUCCUGGAGGUGUUGGAAGAUAACAAACAGUGGUGGAAGCUGCUCAACAGGAGUGGGCAGGCUGGCUACGUCCCCUACAACAUCCUGGAUGUGGUGAAACUGGAAGAGCUGGAACAGAGGUACAAAGGAGACCUGAGCCCCAGGGGAUAUGGCCCAUCCAGCCCAACUCACAAGCUGCCUGCCAGCUAUGCUGGGGAUAAGUGGGGAAGUGAAAUGUUGUCCCGCAGCAAUCCCCAGGACGCCAAAGAACAACUUAUUCAUCAGAUGGAUGAGCUGAACGAUGAGCUGCUAAAGAAGAUCACAAACAAUAAAAUCCAGCCUCCCCAGAGGAACUUCAGAGUGGAAAAGCCUCAGCAAGUUUUUGUGCCCCUCACCUUUGAAUCCAGCACUGAAGAAGUCAAAGCUUGGCUGGAGGCAAAGUCAUUCAGCAAAGAGACAGUGGAACACUUGGGCAUCCUCACUGGAGCUCAGCUCUUCUCCCUCAACAGAGAGGAGCUGAAGAAAGUGUGUGGUGAUGAGGGAAACAGAGUCUACAGUAAAAUCACAGUGGAGAAAAACCAGCUGGAGAACAACAGAGGGGAGUCAGAGCUCCAAGAGAUCAUGAAGCGUCGCCAGGAAAGGAUUGAUUCUGCUCAGUAAAAAAAUCUCUGCUUUAUCUCAGCUAUUUUUUUAGUGAUAGUAGUGCAGGAAAAGGGAAGGAAACAAUGAUCCCCAGUCCAGACAAAAGACAGCAGGGCUCCAGAGUCAUUGCCAUCCAAGUGACAACUUCUUGAACACUGUUGAUAAGGGUAGAUAAGAAGACCACAUCCCACUGGGACAGGUGUUUUAAUAUUGCAUGAAGUAUUUUUUUUAUAUAUAUAUAUAUAUAACUAUAUAUUUUAUACUGAAAUUUUAUGUGCAUGUGAUCAGAGCAGAUGAGAACUCACACACUGGCUGGAUUCAAGGAAAGGAAAAAAAAAACUAAAACCAAGACCUUGCAAAGCUCCUCUGAAAGGGCUGGAGCUGCUCCCACCCCCUGCCAGCCUGGCUGGGGACAGGAGGACACAGCACAGGACAAAGCAGUCAGAGGGUUUAGAGUCUGGACCCCAGAAAUCAACCUUUCCCCCCACUUCUCACUUCCUCCUCCGUGGCAGAGAUCCCUUGCAGCCCUGUGACACUUCAUUGUCCUCCUUCUGUUCCCCCAUGUCCCCUCUUGGGGCUAAAAUGCCCUCAGGGGAGAGGCUUUGCUGAGCAGUGAUGAGCAGGAGCCCAGGGACACCCCAAGGGAUUUAAAUCUGCAGUGGGGGAGCUCAGCCCCACCACCCCUGCUCAGGCUCUGCAGCCCUUCACCUUGGCACCAGGCCUGCAGCAGGAGGUGGUGGUGUUGCCCAAGUUUGGCCUCACAGGAGGGGAUAAACCCCUUCCACGUGCUGCCAACCCACUCACACCCACAGCCCUUCCCCAGGGCCUUUGCCUCCUGCAGGGGUUCAUUACAGAGAGCAAUCUGAGAUGCUUCCCAAGCAGCCAAGCAGCAGCAGCACCCUUGGGAAGGCUGGUUUAGUACCACAGAAAUGGCCCCAGGAAAGACAAAACCCAACCCACCUUCAGCAGAGGCUGCUCUUCCCUCCUGUGUUUCUGAUUAACAUGAUGUGCACGUGGGUGUCCUUACCUGGGGACAUUAUGUGCACCUGGGGACAUCCCCUCCCCCUCCCCAGCCAUGAAGAGGGAUGAGGAGGAAAAAAUCCCUUUCCCUAGAGACCUGAUGGGUUGUGGAUCAGCAGUUUACCCCAGGAUUUAAAGGCUCAAAGAAGCACAGAGCUUGGCACACGUGGUGUUUAUAUCUGCAGUUCCCUUAUCAAGCCCAGCAAAGCAAACACAGCAGGAGCUGCUCACAGACCAGGAGGAACUUUGGUUAAAUGGGGAUUCAGGCCCAGACUGCCCAGGGACUGACACAGACACUUCCCCUACGUGCUGGGAGUGCUCCCAGCUCCUCCACCACCUCCUGUCUGAGGCUUUGAGCCUGGCCUUGCACACUGAGUGGAAACAGCUGCAAAGCAGAGGCUGGGGAACUGGUGUCUCCACUGGGGAUACUGGGGCACCUCACAAGGUUGGCUUUGUUCUUCCAAAAAUGUUUCUAAUGGAUGAUUGAUUAUUUUAAUCUCCAAUCAGGACACUGUUAGCACCAGCAGAAGCCAGGUGCAGGCAGGGAACUCCCAGAGAAGGAUCAGGGCUUAAGUCACAACCCUGCACUCACCUUGUCAGGGAGGGAUGAUGAGGACAAUCCUCCUGAGAAGCCCUGGAUUGGGGUGGAGGUGGGAGGCAGGUGGGAACACUGGCACAGGAGGCAAAGGGAUUU